AUGGGUUCUGAAUCAUCCCCGAAUCUUCCUAUUCUGAAUUUCUCCGAUCCAGAAUUGAAGCCUGGAACAGAUUCUUGGUCGGUAACAAGCAGAAAGGUUACACAAGCACUCGAACAGUACGGAUGUUUUGUAAUAGAAUACGAUAAAUUUCCAUUACAACUUCACAACAAAGUGUUCUCCCUCAUGGAAGAACUGUUCCAUCUCCCAACGGAGACGAAAAUGAAAAACAGAUACGAAAAGCCCUUGAAUGGCUACGUCGGGCAAAUACCCAAGAUUCCUCUUCACGAAAGCUUGGGCAUCGACAACGCUACUUCUCUCGAGGGAACUCAGUUCUUCACCAAGCUAAUGUGGCCCCAAGGAAAUGAUAUUUUCUGUGAAUAUAUUUGCAAGUAUGCCAAGGUGGCAGCUGAGUUAGACCGAAUGGUGACUCGAAUGAUAUUUGAGAGCUAUGGUGUGGAGAAAUACCAUGAUGCUUAUAUUGAUACGAUUACUUGCCUUCUACGGCUGUUGAAGAACCGAGCACCACGGCCGGAUGAGACUAACCUAGGGUUUAUUACUCAUACCGACAAGAGUUUCACCACCAUACUCCAUCAAAACCAGAUCAAUGCUUUAGAGGUCGAAACGAGGGACGGAAAUCGGAUUAAUGUCGACUACUCAUCUCCUUCAUCUUUUGUGGUUAUCGCCGGUGAUGCACUUAUGGCAUGGAGCAACGAUCGGAUACUUUCUCCAAGACACCAAGUGGUGAUGAGCGGGAACAUAGACAGGUAUUCUUUGGGACUCUUUGCCUUCAACAAUGGGACACUUGAAGUACCCGAAGAGCUUGUUGAUGACCAGCAUCCACUCAAAUAUAAACCCUUCGACCAUUUAGGGCUCCUUCGCUUCUAUCGAACGGAUGAGGGUUAUACAUCUAAAUGUCCUAUCAAAGCCUAUUGUGGUGUUUGAUCUUUUAUUUUCUUUUUGUUUAGUAUAUGUAAUAAUAGAACUUUGUUGUGUGACAUCUCUAUUGUAUGUUUGGUAAAUUUCUCGGUUUGGGUUUGCUUCUGUAUA